AUGGCUGCUGUUGACAGUUUCUACCUCUUAUACAGGGAAAUUGCCAGGUCUUGCAAUUGCUACAUGGAAGCUUUAGCUUUGGUUGGAGCCUGGUACACUGCCAGAAAAAGCAUCACCAUCAUAUGUGACUUUUACAGCUUGAUCAGACUGCAUUUCAUCCCUAGAUUGGUGAGCAGAGCUGAUCUCAUUAAACAAUAUGGACGAUGGGCAGUUGUCAGUGGUGCAACAGAUGGCAUUGGAAAAGCCUAUGCUGAAGAAUUAGCAAGCCGGGGUCUCAGCAUUGUCCUCAUCAGCCAGAACGAAGAGAAACUGCAUAAGCUUUCCAAAACCUUAGCUCAGACCUACAAAGUUGAAACAGAGAUUAUAGUUGCAGAUUUCUCCAAUGGCCGCGGAAUUUACUUGCUUAUUAGAGAAGCUUUACAAGACAAAGACAUCGGUAUCUUGGUGAAUAAUGUUGGAGUGUUUUAUCCCUACCCACAGUAUUUCACUCAAGUCUCUGAGGACAAACUGUGGGACAUUAUUGACGUAAACAUCGCAGCUGCCAGCUUGAUGGUCCAUAUAGUAUUGCCAGGAAUGGUGUCAAGGAAGAAGGGGGCGAUUGUGAACAUCUCCUCUGGCUCCUGCUGCAAACCUACACCCCAAAUGACUGCAUAUUCAGCAUCAAAGGCUUACUUAGACCACUUCAGCAGAGCAUUGCAAUAUGAAUAUGCCUCUAAAGGAAUUUUUGUACAGAGUUUAAUUCCAUUCUCUGUAGCUACAAAUAUGAAAGGGCACAGCUUUCUACAUGGCUUCUCUUGGUUGGUGCCAUCACCAAAAGUAUAUGCACAUCAUGCCAUUGCGACUCUUGGAAUCUCGAAAAGGACCACUGGGUACUGGUUUCAUUCAAUUCAGUUUCUUUUUGCACAGUAUAUGCCAGAAUGGCUCUGGGCAUGGGGAGCAAAUAUUAUCAACAAUUCAGUGCGUCAUGAGGCCUUAUCCCAUAGAUUGUGAACCUGGAUAUAUCAUCUUAGAAAGUCUUGCCAAGUUAUGGGAACCUGCAGUAUUCAGAGCAUUGGAAGAACAACACUUCAUUUUAAUUGUGUAUUUGGUCUUCACUAUUUUGCUGGCACCUUAUUGUUGCAUCAUUGGUAAAGCAGACAUGGUACUUUUAAAGAAUGCUGGAAAGCUGCCUGAAGACAUUGGCACAGGGUUAAUAUUGAAUGUGAAGAGAACUGAUCUAG